AUGUCCAACAACAUGCAAUUUUCCAUUCCACGACUCACCACCACCAAUUAUGAGAAUUGGAGCAUCCAGAUGAAGGCAUUGCUAGGCUCCCAAGAUAUUUGGGAGGUUGUUGAAAAGGGAUAUGAAGAACCCCAAAAUGACCGCGCACAAAUGGCGGCACAAAGAACGGUACUUGUCGAUCAAAGAAAAAAGGACAAGAAGAUCCUUUAUUUCAUCUAUCAAGGGCUAGAUGAAGUCGGAUUCGAGAAGAUUGCUUUUGCCACCAACUCGAAGCAAGCUUGGGAGAUCCUCGAGAACGCUCAUAAGGGCGUUGAGAAAGUGAAAAAGGUGCGCCUCCAAAUGUUGAGAGGCAAGUUCGAGACUUUGAAGAUGAAGGAAGGAGAAUCCAUCUCGAAUUACUUCACAAAAGUUCUUUCUAAUGUAAACCAAAUGAAAAGAAAUGGUGAGAAUGUAGAGGACAAGCGUGUGGUGAAGAAGAUCCUAAGAUCCUUAGAUCAGAAGUUUGACUAUGUUGUGGCUGCAAUUGAAGAGUCCAAAGAUGUAGACACUAUGACAGUUGAUGAACUCAUGGUCAUGGACGAGGCUGUGGACGAGGACGAGGUUCGUUUGGACAUGGCAAAGGAAGAGGAGACACAAGAGUCUUACCUAAUGAAGAAAGCACACAAGGUCCCUCUGGCAAAAGAAGGCAACGAGGUUUCUCAAGAGGAGGACGAAGAAUGUUACCAUAAUGAGAAUAACCAAAUGCAUGAGAAGGUCAACUAUGCAAAGAAGGAGGAAGGAGAAGAUGGUAUCUUGCUACUAGCAGAGAAGGGAGAAGAAGCUUCCAAUGAAAAUAUUUGGUACUUGGAUACCGGCGCAAGCAAUCAUAUGUGCGGGUACAAACACAUGUUCAAAGAGUUAGAUGAGACAGUGGAAGGCAAUGUUUCUUUCGGUGAUACCUCAAAAGUUCAAGUGAAGGGGAUAGCAAAUGAGGCGGAUAAGUGGUUGGAUGGUGAGAAAGUGAUCAUAUGUCAAACAGAAAUUCCGCUGUCCAUCAUGCUUUGCAUCUGGUCCCAAUGA